AUGCCAGCUGACGAUAAGGUUGCCAUCCUGACAGACGAUGAGGAGGACCAGAAGAGGAAGUACGUGUUGGCGGAGUCGUUCAACACCCUAUCAGUGGACGGACAGGAGGUGGACGUCUCCACGACACCUGUGGGCUACACGGACGCACCGGCCGACCAGCCCGCCGCCUCGCAGCCCGACUCCAUCAGCUGCUGCGAGAGGAUGUGCCUCCGCAUCAACAGCCACCUGCUCAUCUCCAAAGUCUUCUACUUCUUCUUCUACGCCGCCUACGGCUCGCUGCACCCUCUGCUGCCCGUCUACUACAAGCAGCUCGGCAUGUCGGCCAGCCGCAGCGGGCUGCUCGUCGGCAUUCGUUACUUCAUCGAGUUCUGCAGCGCCCCCUUCUGGGGCGUGGUGGCUGACCGCUUCAAGAAGGGGAAGGUCGUCCUGCUCUUCUCUGUGCUCUGCUGGUUGAUGUUCAACUGCGGCAUCGGCUUCGUGAAACCAGCAGAGAUGAAAUGUGAGGAAAAAGACGUUGCUACAUUGCCGACGGUGACGCCUAUGAUGACGACGACGCUCUUUCAUGGCAACUUCACGCAACCGAGCAACAACACCAACCACCCCCGGCGACGCCGGAGCUUCCUCGACCUCCCUGAGCUUCCUGAGCUCCUCCAGUUCAGAAUGCUUCACAGGCACGAACGAAGCGCUGACGCCAACACAACCAUGUCAGCCCCCUUUGAGCCGACUAACACCACCCAGCUCGGACCAAACUCCACCCAGCUCGGACCAAACUCCACCCAGCUCGGACCAAACUCCACCCAACCCACCACCACCACCACCACCACGACCACCGCUGCCCCAACUACAGCCAAAGAGUACCAGAUAAUCUACAACACGGACCAAGUGCAGACCAUCUUCCUGCUCAUCCUGCUCGUCAUCAUCGUGGGCGAGUUCUUC